AUGUCGUCUAGUCCACUAUUACAAUUUGUAACUUUCUCUUCAGCUGUUGAAGCCACAUUUUGGCAUACUUUAUCCACAAGAAAAAUUGAUUUAUAUAAAUUAGAUGAUACUUCACAUGAUGUUUUAGGUUAUUACUCUACUGGUCGUACCGUAAUUUCACAACAUGCUACAGAGGCCAGCAUUUCUAUGCCAGCUCACUUGUGUCUUGGCACUGGAGCUUUCGAUGAUGCCAAUGAAGAAUCUUUUUCACGUUUACCUCCUUUCUCUUAUCCUUCGAUUGGAAAAAUAAAAAAUACUAAUACUAUAGAAGAUUUCAAAGGUCUUGACAAAACUUCAUUAUUUAAAGAAAUCACUGAACAAAUUUGGCAGGAUAUUACCUCUGGUGAAGCGAUAAAAAAUCCGUAUCUGAUUACCCGAUUUCUCCUUUUGACUUUUGCCGAUUUGAAGAAGUACAAAUAUCAUUAUUGGUUUGGUUUUCCCGCUUUAUUAACUGAACCACCGUGGAGUGUCUCCGAAAAUGGCCAAAUAAAAAGCAUUGGAGAUUCAUGGGAAUAUAACGAGAUUGCAAGCUUUAGGGAAAAUUAUGAUCUUUUUAGAAAACAUUCUGGUGCAAACGCAGGAUUUUUCCUUGUGAAAAAAUCUAGUCAAAAUGAAUUCAUGAUUGGUAGUCUAUCUGAAUGGGAUACAUUCUUUGAAAACUGUCAUGAUAAUGAGAGAAUUGUUGGAUUUGCUGAUCCUUCGAGCUUGCUCACAAAUCCCGGAUGGCCACUGCGUAAUCUUUUAGUGCUUUUGCAACGUCACUGGAACGUACAUAAGAUUAAAGUGAUAUGUUACAGAGAGAUUCCGGGAAAAAAAGAUAUUUCACAAACUCGUAUAUUGACGGUUGAAAUACCUGAUACCACCACAAUUUCUGACAAGUGUCCAAAAAGUGUAGGUUGGGAAAAGAAUUCCCAAGGAAAACUUGGUCCUCGUUCUGCUGACCUUGCACCUCUUAUGGACCCAAAGAAAUUGGCAGAUACCUCGGUUGAUUUAAACCUGAAAUUAAUGCGAUGGAGAAUUGUACCAGAUCUACAACUGGAAAAAAUCAGAGAAACAAAAUGUUUAUUACUUGGUGCAGGAACCUUAGGUUGUUACGUGGCAAGAAGUCUCUUGGGAUGGGGUGUACGCCAUAUAACGUUUGUUGAUAAUGCACGUGUUUCAUUCUCAAACCCUAUCCGACAACCGUUAUUUUUCUUUGAGGAUUGUCUUGAAGGCGGCAAGCCUAAAGCGCGGACUGCAGCCGAAAAUUUAAAAAAAGUUUAUCCCGGUGUAAUAACUGAAGGACAUGAUAUCAGUAUUCCAAUGCCAGGACAUCCAAUCACUUCAGAAUCACAAGUUCGUAGUGACGUUGAAAAAAUCAAACAACUCGUUGAAUCACAUGACGUGGUCUUUUUAUUAAUGGAUAGUAGGGAGAGUCGUUGGCUACCCACCAUGUUAGGCGCAAGCAUGCGAAAGCUUGUUAUAAAUACAGCAUUAGGCUUUGAUACUUAUGUUGUCAUGCGACAUGGAGUCAAAGAUCAACAUGCUGCUUCGAAAUCAACCGAUGCAUAUAGUAGCAAGAUGCCAAAAGUUGAUCAUUUAGGAUGUUAUUUUUGUAAUGAUAUUGUGGCACCAAUUGAUUCCCUGAAAGAUCGCACCCUUGACCAACAAUGUACGGUCACGCGACCUGGACUAUCAGCGAUUGCCGGUGCAUAUGCCGUUGAAUUGAUGAUUUCUGUUUUACAUCAUGAAAAAGGACCAGCAGCACCAGCCGAUACAAAUGAUGACCCUUCUAGCGCAGCAUCAACUCCUUUAGGUAUCAUACCACAUCAAAUUCGUGGAUUUUUAACAAAUUUUAACAAUUUGUUAAUUAUUGGACAAGCUUAUGAUAAAUGUACAGCUUGUUCUGAUAAAAUAUUAGAAGAAUAUAAAAUAAAUGGAUUUGAAUUUCUUAAGCGCGUUUUUGACUCGCCUACAUAUCUUGAAGAAUUAACAGGAUUAACUAAAUUACAUCAAGAAAGUGAAGCUGCAGGUGAUUUUGAUUGGGAUGAAGAAGAUACCGAGUUAUGA